AUGGUCGUUGCAGAUCAGCUCUGGUACGUUGCAGAGCAGUACUGGUACGUUGCAGAUCCAGUUUGGUACGUUGCAAGAGCAGCUACUGGUACGUUGCAAGUCAGUAUGGUACGUUGCAAGUCAGUGACUGGUACGUUGCAAGAGACAGCUACUGGUACGUUGCAAGAGCCAGCUACUGGUACGUUGCAAGAGCCAGCUACUGGUACGUUGCAAGAGCCAGCUACUGGUACGUUGCAAGAGCCAGCUACUGGUACGUUGCAAGAGCCAGCUACUGGUACGUUGCAAGAGCCAGCUACUGGUACGUUGCAAGAUCCAGCUACUGGUACGUUGCAAGAGCCAGCUACUGGUACGUUGCAAGAGCCAGCUACUGGUACGUUGCAAGAGCCAGCUACUGGUACGUUGCAAGAGCCAGGUACGUUGCAAGAGCCAGCUACUGGUACGUUGCAAGAGCCAGCUACUGGUACGUUGCAAGAGCCAGGUACUGGUACGUUGCAAGAGCCAGCUACUGAUCUGUUGUCUGGAAGCCUGGAGUUGGAGCAAGGUAGUCGUGGAAACACGAGCUGCCACUCACUGAUAUCUAUAUACCUCAGGAGUACAGUUGUGGUCAUGAAGAAGCGAAAAGCACUGCUGAAGACCGUGUUAUGUGUUAGCGUAGGACUGCUGUUGGUGAUCAGUAGUGAAGUAACACGUAACACUGUGACAUGGUUAAGGUCAGCAGCUGAAUUCGUCAAUAUUAAUUUCCACGACUCGAGGUUUCAGAAAAGCGACUCAGGAUGGACUGAGGGUGGGCGUGGGAGGUGGGCGGGCAGGGUGGGUGGGCGUGAAUCGUGGGAGCCUCAUCUGUGUCCUCACUACAAGGUGAAGGAAGAGCCAGAGUCUCAGGUGAAGCUCACCUGGGCUCCACCUACGGCAGACACCAUCUUCUUCGCACAGACUUCCUGCAGCACCUUCCUCACAGCCAGAGAGGCUUGUGCUGUGGAGAGCGCCGCCCACCACCACCCACAACUCCCAGUCCUUGUUCUUAUGAGCGCCUGUGUCAUCGACCACGCCCACCCACUCAUGCAGGUGUUGACAGGUAUGAGCAACGUGAGACUGGCUUGGCUGGUGGAUCAGGUGUUUACUGAGGAACCUCUGAGGACCUGGCAUCAUGACCGUCUGUGGGUGAUGAGUGAGGGUCGCGCGUCAGCGGUGGUGAGCGACGCAGUGCGGGUGGAGUUACUACGUAGGUACGGUGGAACCUAUUUGGACCUGGACCUGAUCACUCUCCGCCCGCUGCCCUCCUCCAACAACUGGCUGGCCAGGGAACACAUCAACCUCCUCAACGGUGCCGUGAUGAGCUUCACUCCGCAACACCAGUUUCUACAGAUGGUUGUUGCAGACAUCCCUGCUGUGUAUGAUCCCUUUAUGUGCUGCAGCAUCGGUCCUGAUCUCCUAACUCAGACCCUACACCGUCUUUGUCCUCACAACGUCACCAUCCCAGCCUCCGUCAGUUCUGACCAGCUGGAGAUCUGUGGCGACAUCACUGUGUGGCCAAAUAAAUUAUUUUACCCGAUCCCUUACGGAUACAAGCAGUACCAGUUAGAGAGCAUCUUCACCGAAGGUGCAGGACUAGGUCAAACUUUCUUUAACAGUACCAUGGCCAUUUGCCUGCAUCUCUGUCACUCUAUUACCCACAAGUCAGCAAAUGUUAGCCUUGCUGGUGACUCCAUUUUAAAGGAAGCCGCUGUCAGGAAUUGUCCUCGUGUAGUGAAGGCUCUCAAAAAACUUAAUUUACAUCUGUAGUGAAUGGCAUC